AUGAAGGGUGCAUCAGAUGGUGGUAUCUUUGUGCCCCACAACGCUCGUCGUUUCCCUGGAUACGACGUUGAGUCCAAGGAGCUGGAUGCUGAAGUGCUCCGCAACUACAUUUAUGGCGGUCACAUUGCUGAAUUCAUGGAGUCUCUGGAAGAGGAAGAUGACGAGCGCUUCAAGAAGCACUUCUCUUCAUACUUGAGCGAUGACAUUGGCAGUGAAGAUAUUGAAGAGAUUUACGAGAAGGCGUACGAGGCUAUCCGGGAGGACCCAGACUUCAAGCCUACGGAAAAGACGAAGGACUGGGCUGCUGAGUCGAAGAAGUACAAGCAACCUAAGCUCACGUACGAGCAGCGCAAGGCCCGUGUCCAAGAGAAGAUCAAUGCUCUUCAGGACACUUUCAACCUGGACGACGAGUAA